GAUCACGAGCCGCAGUCCAAGGGAAAAGGGCGCGGUGAAUGAUCGGGUUGAGUAGCGACACAUGCUCGUGAUUGUGCCAAAGGUUCCACGUACAGAUAUCUUUGAAAGCGUCUCCCGGAAGGGUUACAGUCCCGUCGCUGCCACUUCUCUGUCAAGAUUGGUGGAAUUCCCCAGCGGUAGCGUUUCCAAGCGAGUGGCAUGAACGCGGGACGGAGCUACAUUCACGUGGGCAUGCUCUAGUUCAAGGAGUUGCUCUUGUAUGCUUGGAUCUGAUUUUCAUCGCCCUGAUUCUAAUUGUUGGAAACGGUUAGGAACGACGGUGAGUUCGGAAUUUGCAUUGUCGUGGUCGUUCAGGGUGGCGUUGGUUUCGAAGCACGUUGGGGGUGAAUAAGAGGAGUGUUUUGAAGCGGAUCGUUUUACGACUUCCAUUAGGGUAAAGGUGCCUGGGUUUCGCAAAUAGGUCGAAGCAGGUUCUUGGCUGUGUAGCCGGGGCCCCGUUUAGUUCGCUUGCAAUACUAACAUGAGCAAUGUGGUCGCUGUUCCAUCUACUCCUGCAAAUGAUGGGGUUUCGAACGCAAGUGAUAUCGAAUUUGUUGUGUACAGGCUUAGAAGCUGGGACCAACAAUAAAAGAUGCGAAAGGAAAGCUGGGAAAGGUAGGAGAAGAAGACAGGCAGCCGAACAGCGGAGGAUUGAGCAGCAAAGGUGGGGUCAGUACGUGGAAGACGAAGAUGAGGAUUUCAGCGUGGUGGUUCCCAGCCCUUCUAAUUUGCGUCGUCGUGCAAGGCGAUCCUUGCGUCGGAAUUCAGCUCGAGAUGAUCUGGAAGAGUACUUGAAUGGCCUGGCAAACGAUGACCACAUUACAGGAGUGGAUGGCGAUCAAGAUCUUGACCUGGCUUUGGCAUUGUCCUUUUCACUUGCGGAGCAGACCUCGACUACCCAUGUUGCCCAGUUUGGAAGAUCAAACCCAUCAAGCAUCGCUGACAUGUCAUACGAGAAUCUGGUUCAGCUUGAGAGUGUGCGCUGUGUAGCAUCAGCUACACUAGUUGCUGCUUUGCCGGUGUGCUGCUUUAAAAAGGAACAAGCAGCAGCCUCUGAUGAGGCAUCGGAAGUGUGCGUAAUUUGUCAGGGAGAAUAUGAGCAUGGCGACUUGCAGGUCAAUCUACCAUGCCAUCAUGGUUUUCAUCAGGCGUGUGGAGCUGAGUGGUUACUUUCGUACUCCAAGCUCUGCCCUGUUUGCAAGUAUGAUGUUACUGAAGUGGCAACAACUGAGGCUUCAUCAUCCAUGUAGUUACCUUUUAGGCGUAGUUGUAUUUCCUGUUUACACAUUUUUUUUCGCCCUUGUAGAUUUCGUGUGAAGAUAUGGUGGGAUUCAGUGUCCUUCCAGUCACUUCAGCUCAUUGCUCAUCAUCCAACCACCUUCAGCUCUGUAGCUUGUGUAAAAGGCGACGGUGGGGUGGUGUUGAAAAGAGGCAAUUGGAUCUUUGUUUUUGUUAUGGUGCUGUAUGGUGCCACGACAUGUAAAAUCACAUCUCCUAAAUUUUGUACAGGGUUGAUUCGAAAUUCGGUACAAAAAUUAUCCCUAAUGUCUAAA